CGAGGGCCGCCACCCGCCGAGGACCGGGCAGGAGCGCGCGGCCGCCGAGCCGGGCAGCGCUGGGGCCGGCGCCUUUUGUCCCUGGAGGUCCCUGGAAGUUUGCGGCGGGACGCGCGCGGGGAGGCGGCCGAGGCAGCCCCGACGUCGCGGGAGCCAGUGCGCCGAGCCAGCAUGGGCAGCGGGCGCGGCGCUGGGGGCCGCCGCUGGGCCGCCCCGGGCGUGCUGCUGGCGCUGGCCGCCGGGCUCCUGGCCGCGGGCUCCGCCAGCGAGUACGACUACGUGAGCUUCCAGUCGGACAUCGGCUCCUACCAGAGCGGGCGCUUCUACACCAAGCCUCCGCAGUGCGUGGACAUCCCGGUGGACCUGCGGCUGUGCCACAACGUGGGCUACAAGAAGAUGGUGCUGCCCAACCUGCUGGAGCACGAGACCAUGGCCGAGGUGAAGCAGCAGGCUAGCAGCUGGGUGCCCCUGCUCAACAAGAACUGCCACAUCGGCACCCAGGUCUUCCUCUGCUCGCUCUUCGCGCCCGUCUGCCUCGACCGGCCCAUCUACCCGUGCCGCUGGCUCUGCGAAGCCGUGCGCGACUCGUGCGAGCCCGUCAUGCAGUUCUUCGGCUUCUACUGGCCUGAGAUGCUCAAGUGUGACAAGUUCCCCGAGGGCGACGUCUGCAUCGCCAUGACCCCGCCCAAUGCCACCGAAGCCUCCAAGCCCCAAGGCACAACCGUGUGUCCUCCAUGUGACAACGAGUUGAAAUCUGAAGCCAUAAUUGAACAUCUCUGUGCGAGCGAGUUUGCGUUGAGGAUGAAAAUAAAAGAAGUGAAAAAAGAAAAUGGCGACAAAAAGAUUGUCCCCAAGAAGAAGAAGCCUCUGAAGCUGGGACCCAUCAAGAAGAAGGAACUGAAGAAGCUUGUCCUAUACCUGAAGAAUGGGGCUGACUGCCCCUGCCACCAGCUGGACAACCUGAGCCACCAUUUUCUUAUCAUGGGCCGGAAGGUGAAGAGCCAGUACUUGCUGACGGCAAUCCACAAGUGGGACAAGAAAAACAAGGAAUUCAAAAACUUCAUGAAGAAAAUGAAAAAUCAUGAAUGCCCCACUUUUCAAUCAGUCUUUAAGUGAUUCUCCCUGGGUGGGUGGGGAGGGAGCUGUGGGUCGGGGUGAGGGGCGGGGCUGAGCAUACAACCCUAGAGCCUGGAGGUCUGUGCUCACUGCCCCUUCGGUUGGUAGAGGACAUUGUAAUCCAGCUGGCUUUGCUCUGGCAGCUUUCCCACUCCUUCCCCUCCAUAGCCACGCUCUAGACCCCAGUACCGCCAGUAUUUAAAGCCGCAUACCCAGGUAAGGAAAACCAUUUAGAUUAGGAAGUCUUUUAGGAUCUACAGUGUGGAACAGCACAUCACUGAGGAAAAGUAGGUGCAAACCAUUUCAACCAGAGACAGCCACUAAAAAAGAAAAUUUUGCCAGUAAAAAACAAACAAAACCCCCAACCAAAAAGCAUUGGGAAAAAAGUGAGAGACAGCAGCAAAAAAACUAAGUUCUGCAACUUUCUUUGUGUGGUCACAAAUUGCUUGUGGAUCUAUUAGCUAAUCCAUGCCUUUGAUGUGCUGCUUUCAGUUCCAGAAACUUCUGUCUCUGUCCACCUUAUGCAGAAACAAACACACACCACACUUACAACUGAAGAUCAAUGCCAGAAAAUUAAGUGCAGGGAAGAAAAGCACCAGGACAGUAUGUAAUGGUAAAAACACAGGGAGGUCAUGUCUGCUCUGCCUCUCCACGUGAUUGUCUUUUGAUCUGAAUCAGCUAGUCUCAGGUGCCAUGGAAGUGGCAGUGAACAUCAGCCUUGGUGCGUGAUCUAGCCUCCAGACAUGUGGAGGGCAGCAUGUGCCUGCCUUUGUGUGAGGAAAAGGAAACACCGUGGGCACCAAACCCACGGCAUGAGAGAGACGAUGAUUUUCAGACUGAGAAGGCAAUGGUUAGUGGUUUUCAAAGAACAUAGUUAAAGAGAAAACAAAGAAAAAAAAUUAGGAACAGCCCAGCAAAUUGCGAGUCAGUGUGAAUUGUAAUUGGUUGAAGAGCUUAGUGUUCUGAUUUCAUCUGUUUGCUCAUUUCACUUUUGUUUCUGUUUUUAUUUGUUUUUUUUUUUUUUUUUUUUUUUUUAA